CUGUAAAAUAUACAAGAAACCCUUAUGCCCUUAACUAAGAAGGAGGUUACAGGCUCAGGUACCUCGUGUGACGCAACUUCCGCUCGACUACAACAUCGGUGGGUUGCUUCCGCUCGAGACAGAGGUGACGAUUCCGCCAUUAACACCAUGCCUAAGUUUUAUUGCGAUUACUGUGACACCUACCUCACUCAUGAUUCACCAUCAGUCCGCAAGACUCACUGCAGUGGAAGAAAGCACAAGGAAAACGUUAAAGAUUACUAUCAAAAAUGGAUGGAGGAGCAAGCUCAGAGUUUAAUUGAUAAAACUACUGCUGCUUUUCAGCAGGGGAAGAUACCACCCACACCUUUUGCUGCCCCACCUACUGGAAGUUCCAUGAUCCCACCACCGCCUAGCUUAGGUGGCCCUCCACGUCCUGGUAUGAUGCCAGGACCUCCAAUGGCAGGCCCUCCAAUGAUGCCAAUGAUGGGACCUCCUCCACCAGGAAUGAUGCCAGUAGGACAUGGCCCUGGUAUGAGACCACCAAUGGGAGCUCACAUGCCAAUGAUGCCUGGUCCUCCCAUGAUGCGCCCACCUGCCCGUCCCAUGAUGAUCCAGUCUCGCCCUGGCAUGGCUCGUCCUGACAGAUAGGCACCCUGGACAACAGUUUACUCUCUGUGGGGAAUAAUAAGUUGAGGAAACCUUUGGCGAAAGCAAUUGUAAUUUUAAAUAUAACUGCAGGUGAUGUUAUUCCACAUUUAAUUUCUCACCAUGUACAGUUAUCUUUAAACUUUUGUGCUAUUGGACUUGGAAACAAAGUGACAGUACAGUCAGUUUAAUACCUACAACUUUUUUUGUCAUACCUACCAUUCAGGCUUAAAUGAUUAUUAUUCUGUUUGUGACAAGUCUCUUUGGACAUAGUAUUUAACAAAAUAUAUUAGUACAAAGUUCACCAAAUUCACAGAAGGACUUGUAAAAGACUUUAUUUUAUUUUAUUUUUUUCUCAUUUAAAAU